CUCAUUCAAUUUUCAGCUCCCUCUCAGACGUUAAAAAGAUCGCUUUGACAUAGCCUUUGAUAUUAUUCUACUUAUUAGAUCCAUGUUUGAGUUGCUCCCUAGUAGUUUCUCUCCUCUAUAAUUUUUGUUUUCACCUUUCGAUAACAUCAUAUUUUGUUUUAAGUUAUCCAUUGAAGUAGUCUCACAUAGCGUCUCGAGGUCAUCCCGUCGAUACUUGAGGACUUUCCACGCGUCUAAAGUUCGUUUUCAACAUGGAUCAUAUUCCUCCUGGUUUAGAUCUGUGUAUCUUUCCGGCGGGAUUACCACCAAAUGGCACCACCAGCAAUUUCGAGAAUCCUAAAACGCUGGUUCCGGCACUUAUCUCGGUAUGCGUCAUCAUGAGCGUUGUUGCUAUAAUUUUUGUAGCAUGUAGAUUGUUUGCCAACAGAAAGAAAAUGUGGUGGAGCGAUUGUAAGAAAGCUAACUACCCAGUCUGCAGGCUGGAUGGAUAGACUAACAAACAUAGACUUCAUUAUUGUUGCAUGGAUUCUGUCACUCAUUGAAACUGGACUCAUGCUUGCUCAGACUAAAUUUGCCCGCCAUCAAUGGGACGUAAAGGCCUGCUGGUACAAUGGCACGUACAACAAAGUUAGUUUCAAAUGCCGUCGCAGUGAACCUCCAUGUUCAGAGACUAACGGCAACCAAAGAUCGUCUUCUCACAACUGAUGAUUCUCAGUUUUGUGUUUUUCUUUUCUAAAGCUUCCAUCUUCCUGUUGUUUCACCAGAUUUUUGAAGUUAAACAUGGAAUGCGCAUCGCUAUUCAAGUUGGAAUUGGCUUCGCCGGGCUACUGUAUUUUACUAAUAUUCCCUUGUCGGCAUUGCUGGCAGCUCCUCGGGUGGGCGAAACGUGGACCAGCGUGUUGUUCUCUGACCGUCCACAGAAGGAAUUAGUUUGGGGGGUCGUACAAGCGGCACUUGGCAUCGUGCUGGACUUGUUCAUUUUCAUCUUGCCUAUUCCGGUAAUUCUGAGGCUCAAAUUAUCAAGAAGGAAGAAGAUACAGAUAUUGAUUGUCUUUAGCACUGCUUUAGUGUAAGUCGUGCUGCAAAUACCUGCCAUUAGCAUUCUGCUAAAGCUAACGGAAUAGGGGAGUCAUCGCCAGUGUUUUGUCUAUGGUCUACAGAGUAGAAGCACUAAAUACAAAUGACGUAACUUGGAAAUAUACGCUGGUUCUUAUUUUCUGCUUAAUAGAAAAUCAAAUAGCUAUCAUCGUCAGCUGUACCGUCGGCUUCGUGAAUUUUGUCACAGUCUAUAUCUCAGAGGUCGCAAUUAUCAGGUCACUUCGCUCGAGUCUGGGCAGCGGAAACAAAUCAUCAACCCACUUCAAAUUGGAACCAAAUCAGCCGAGAUCAGGAAGAGGACCCAGAAGAAAUGAAAAUCAUGAGUUCGAUCUGGUCAGUGAGAAUUUGACAUCAUCGACUGAAAUGGGCGAAGACCGAUCACUGUCAUCAGUUUGCAAUUUUUCUGCAGCGGAAGUGUCACAAGAGACUCACUAUCCGGAAUUCAAGCACGUGAAAGAUGUUAAAGAGUUUAAGCUGCUAGAAUAUCCACCUAGAGUAAUCAACUACGGACCUAGCUCAGCCCAACCUGCCAAUUCCAUUUGGUCUCGUGGUGCCCCCUCACUACGAAAGCAGAGUGUCAGGCCCGGGAAUACGUCUGACCAUGGCCAUAAUACAUGUCAGUCAGGAAAUCUCUCUCCACACAACUCUGCGGAGAGCUUGGUUUAAAAUUGUCCUGAAGAACCAUAGGAAAUUAUGCAGGAUAUUGCAUAGUCAGUCACAAGCAUAAGGGGAAGUGUAGCUACAAGUUUGAGGAUGUUGGGGAUAAGUAAUCAUAAUGGAUUGAGUAGGAAAAGAUUCAUAGCCAAUCGAUGAUUCUUUGCAUCCAAUUUAUGGCAAAGACAGCAGGACGACGCGUAAUAUCGUUGCCGAGGAAUCGUUCAUUUAUGAAGGAUUCUCUUUCCCGGGGCUGUUGAUUUGAACCAGUUGCAG